AUGGUAGUUCUCAACAUCUCUUAUACUGGGCCAGUUAACUGCUCUGAUCCCAUCAUCCCGAACUUGGCUCAAGAACAGGUCUGGAAAGGCAUGGAAAUGAAGGUCCGAUGCCCACAGGCUUUUAUACCCUCUUUUGAUGACUCGCGAGUCGUUGAAGAACAUGAUAAUGGUUCCUAUGUUGUGAGAGAAGCCCAUGUUGCAUCUACUCUUCGCGAGUCUCCCUCGGUUGGAAAAUGGACCAGAGAAGAGUGCAGGCUGUGUAAGCCAGUCAUGAGUUAUUUCACACUACCUGGUGGAUCAACAGUCCAGAAUAUUCUAUCUACGGGACCUGGCCAAAGUCUGUAUCUCACUUUUACAUAUGAAUGGAAGCUUCCUGAUAUUGAGCCUGAGUCAAGAGAGGCACAAAAGGCCCAGGAUGAUCAUAUGAGAAUUGCGGUAUCUUCAGUCCAAGGAACUAUAAAGGCGUUGAGAAAAAUGGCAGACGAGCACAAGUUGUGA